AUGGCCGGCGGCAGCAAAAGCAGCCAGAAACAGAGCAAAAAUGCUUCGAAUAAUAAGCAAGUUGACUCCCAGAUUGUCCCAAUUCCAACUCCCUCAGAUGAGAAUCAAAACAACAAUGUUCCCAUAGUGUCUUCCUUCAAUGACCGUAUCCGUCCACUUCUCGACGCCGUCGACAAGCUCCGCCACCUCAACGUCGCAGCCAAGGAAGGAAUCCAGCUCCCGACCAUCGUCGUCGUCGGCGAUCAGUCCUCCGGCAAGUCCAGCGUCCUCGAAUCUUUGGCCGGAAUCAGCCUCCCUCGUGGGCAGGGGAUCUGCACAAGAGUCCCCCUCAUCAUGCGCCUCCACCACCAUCCCGCCGCUACGCCGGAGCUCUAUCUGGAGUACACCGCCGAUGGGUCCGCUAAGAAAGUCACCACAGAUGAGAGCAGUGUCGCAAAUGCCAUCAAUUCCGCCACGGAGGAGAUUGCUGGCGGCGGCAAAGGGAUUUCCAACAAUCCCCUGACUCUGGUAGUCAGAAAGAAUGGUGUUCCAGAUUUGACGAUGGUGGAUCUCCCUGGAAUCACUCGAGUCCCCGUCCAUGGCCAGCCGGAGGACAUCUACGAGCAAGUGACUGCAACAAUAAUGGAGUAUAUCAAUCCUGAGGAGAGCAUUAUACUCAAUGUCCUUUCAGCGACUGUCGAUUUCUCGACCUGUGAAUCUAUAAGGAUGUCGCAGAAAGUGGACAAAACAGGGGAUCGGACUCUGGCUGUUGUCACCAAAGUCGACAAGUCGCCGGAAGGAUUGCUGGAGAAGGUUGCCGCCGAUGACGUCGGGAUCGGACUUGGUUAUGUCUGCGUCAGGAAUCGGAUUGGAGAGGAGACGUACGAAGAGGCAAGAAUUGCGGAGGCUCAGCUGUUCGGGACUCAUCCCCUGCUUUCGAAGAUCGACAAAUCCAUCGUUGGAGUUCCUGUGCUGGCUCAGAGGCUCGUUCAAAUUCAGGCGACAAUCAUCUCCAGGUGCUUGCCUGAGAUAGUUAAGAAAAUCAAUGAGAAGUUGAGCUCCAACAUUGCUGAGCUCAAUAGGAUGCCGAAGACAAUGACUUCAGUGGGAGAGGCAGUGACUACUUUCAUGGGUAUAGUUGGAUCUGCCAAAGAAUCCCUCAGGAAACUAAUCAUCAGAGGGGAAUUCAACGAGUACCCUGACGAGAACCAAAUGCACUGCACGGCCAGGCUGGUUGAAAUGCUGGAGAAAUUCUCAGCGCAACUCCGCGAUGCACCGGAGAACGACCACAAGAGCAACUUCCUGGUGGACGAAAUCCGGGUGCUGGAAGAGUACAAGGGGAUUCGGCUUCCUGAUUUCCUUUCCCAAUCCGCUUUCCUGACGAUGCUCAAUCGAAAGGUGAAAGGGAUUUCUGGAAUCCCCGUUGGAUUCAUUGAGGAAGUGUGGGGCUACAUAGAGAGUGUUGUGCUCUCUGUUGUGAUGAAGCGCUGUGAAGACCACCAGCAGCUCCAGUUCUCCAUCAGGCGAGCUUGUCACAACCUGAUCGAGAAGUUGAGGGAUCGGUCCGCGAAUUGGGUGCUGGAAGUCCUGCAGAUGGAGGAGCUCACGGAUUACACUUGUAGUCCUGAUUAUAUGUCGGAGUGGAACAGUCUGAUGGCUGAGAGGCCUGGUUUCCUGAAUUCUGCUCGUUCUCAUUCUAGUGUAUCGAUUGUAGGGUUUGGUACUGUUUUGAUUGUGGAAAGUGUGAGGAAGAGCCUGGUUCUGGAGCAGGCGUACGAUCUGAAGAUGAGGAUCGCGACGUAUUGGAAGGUAGUGCAGAGGAGGCUGGUGGAUUCGAUGGCGCUGCACGUGCAGCUGAGCUUGAGGAACUUGGUGGAGAAGGAGCUGGAGAAGGGGAUCGUGGAGGAGCUGAUGGGGAGGCAUGGCGGGGCGAUAGAGAAGAUGCUGGAGGAGUCGCCAUUCGUGGCUGCAAAGAAGGAGAAGCUGAGUGGGAGCAUCAAGCUGCUGAGGGAGUCCAAGGAUGUGCUUGCAGCUAUAAUGGAUCGGAUUGCUUCCAGUUCUCAUUAA